UUCCUCAUUCUGCAGAGUGGGUGUGAAUACAAAUAGGUCAGUAGCCCAACCCCCUCCCCUUUAACAGAGCAGGCAGCAACAGCAGCAAAGACGGCGUGACGUGGUGAGAGAGCGUAAUGCCACCGAGCCUAGAGCUGCCUUUCAGAGCGAGCUCACAACUCACAGCUCUUCCUUCCGUUCAUCUUCCUCCUUCCCCGUUGCUUUCAUUCCUCUAGCUAGAAGGAGCAGUGCGUGAGAGGCAGCUGAAUAGGGAGGGGGGAUAAGCAUAAAAACCGAAAUCUGAACGAUCUGAGAAACACAGUGGACAGCGGGCAUGUGAAUCAAAGAGGAAGAACAAGAGGAAACGAGGAUAAGGACAGCAAGGGGGAGCAAAGCUGAACGGAGACAUGUAGGCUUAUUUAUCAUUCAGAUGUGAAUCCCAUCUCUGCGUGCCUGCUUUGAUAUACACAACAUGACAGCGGGGACAGUAAAAGGACCCAGGGCUGCAGCUUACUGUCAACUACCGUCUCUCCUCUCUCUUCGGCCAUGAGCAAAAGAAGCAGCACACCACAGCUAAAAUCAAGCCUCUAGGGACAAUGCGCCAAGGCAGAUUGAGAGACUGCAACACCUCAAACAUGCUCUGGCCAGGCAUACAUGCAUGAACUAGCAGCACAUUUGUGCACGCAUGAGGCAAAAAGCUAGGAUUACCUGGAAAAAUUAAUUUCCCUGGACUGACUACAGAAACCUUACCAGCCAAAGAAGAGGACAAUUUGACAUAUGCUGCAGGAAAAAAAAAAAGUGAGGACAUGGGGCUGUGUGCAUUUAUGAUGUGGCCAAAAGCACCGCAGGAACAGAGACCGAGAGGCCAGUCGGAAUGUGUGAAGACUAAUUUAUCCAGCAGCGAUGAAUACCACAGAGACAAGUUUUUAGACUAAAAAAGGUGAGUUUAUGUUGUGAAGAAUUGAAAAUACAGACGAACAUCGACAUAAAAACAGUCAUAACAGAUGACUGAUAUAAUUCACUCCUCUGGUUGUGGUUUAACUUACAGGAUGUAAAGGGUGUGUCUUUCUAAAGGGAGAAAAACUUAUUUCUACUGAAGCAUGCAGCAGUGGAGAGAAUUUAAACUCUCUCAAAGUCCUCUCUGUUAUGUUAGGCUCCUUUGUUUUGUAAUUUUCUUAAAAAAAAGAAAGAAAACUGAUCUGGAUUCUGUAGAACAGGCAAAAACUACACCGUCUGUUGACAUUCUACAAUUAGCCACAACUAGCAUUCUAGCAUUAUUACAUGAAAACUAACAAAACGAGUGGGGUAGAGGAAGACGUCAAAGCAGGUAAUUUGUAGAUUUUAAUGUCGAUAUAAAAGCCUACGAACUAUAUUUAGACUAUAGAAAUGUACCCUCAUUACAUUAAUAUGAUAUCAAAUAUGUUUAAAAACAACAGGAUGGGCCAAUCAAGUUGUGUAUUUCUCCAAAUCAAGAAAUGAAAACGUGCUCACCAGAUUGCUGCAAAGUUUUCUUAACUUGGCUGGCCAUCACUGGGUAUCAACAAAGUGAUUUAUAUUACUCAUCAACAGGAGCUGAAACCCUGCUGACAACUGGAUUGAAGCGUAACAACUGUCAAGACUAGAAGUGUCGAAACCAUGCAGUGGAAACGACGCCACUGCUGUAAACACACAGCUAAACUUCUGUAUCUGCUCUCUCUGCUGGGUGUGCUGUUCUUUCUAGUCCACCAGGUGUGGCUGCCGAGGCUCACUGGUAUGCCAUGGUGGAGAGGGCAUCCUCUGGUGUAUGGAGGUGGAGCAGCUCACACCACCAAAGCCAAAUGGAACACAAGCACCCGCCAUUCACAGUGGAGGUUCGUCAUCAUUCCUCAACAGACUGACGCCAACAUCAGCUCCCGUGAAAAUCAGGGAGUUUACCCAACUCAACCAGACCCAAAUUUUCAGAACGUUCUGGCAGCAAACACAAGCCAAAGAGAUGACGCAGACCUCAGCGCCGUGAUAACCCACGGACCGUACCCUUACAUCAUUAACGAGCCUGAUAAAUGUGCAGACAACACAGCUGCGCCAUUUCUGGUGUUGCUGAUUGCCACUGAAGCUCGGCAGGUGGAGGCGAGGAAUGCUAUACGGCAGACGUGGGGGAACGAGAGUGUUGCUCCAGCUCUGGGAUUUAUCCGGCUCUUUCUGCUGGGGAAAAAAGAUGGAGAACUGGGACUUCUACAACAAAGGAUGCUAGAAGCAGAGAGCCGGAGGCAUCAUGAUAUCAUUCAGCAGGACUUCCUGGAUUCUUACAAAAACCUCACCAUAAAGACACUGAUGGGACUAAACUGGGUUGCAAUGCACUGUCCGCACACCAGCUACGUCAUGAAGACAGACAGCGACAUGUUCGUCAACACAGAGUACCUCAUUUUUAAGCUGCUCAGGCCUGAACUGGAGCCCAGGAAGAACUACUUCACAGGAAACAACAUGAGAGGCUACGCACCCAACCGAAAUAAAAACAGCAAGUGGUACAUGCCCCCGGAGCUGUACCCAGGUGACAAGUAUCCCACCUUUUGCUCUGGGACUGGUUACGUCUUUUCUGGGGAUCUCGCAAGGAAAAUCUAUCAAGUGUCUUUACGUAUCCCCCAUCUGCAUCUGGAGGACGUGUUUGUGGGAAUAUGUCUGGCCAGCCUCGGAAUCGAACCCACGCCACCACCAAACGAGUUCUUAUUCAACCACUGGCGAGUAUCUUACUCCAGCUGCAAGUACAGCCAUCUGAUAACAUCACAUGGGUUUCAUCCCAAUGAGCUCCUGAAAUACUGGCAUCACCUUCAGAGCAACAAGCGAAACGCCUGCAUCAACGCAUUUAAAGAGAGAGCAGGCAGGACACACUUACACAGAGUGACUGGAGAGAAAUCAGCUGAGUGAAAGGACACUGUUACACUCACAUGCUCACUGUUAAAAAUGAAAUAAAUAAAUAAA